AUGAAAGACGGGAACAAGAACGGCAACAAUGGGCAGCGUGUGGCCCUCUUACGGUACGAGACACUUUUGGUGAUGAACGUGACUCAGGCUGGGUGUGCAAGCGAAGAAUCCCAGAGGUCAAGUAUACUUCAAUAUCUUUUAAUUGAUAUAAAGGAACCCUACGUCAGUACCUUUGAUAAGGGAUUCAGGUUUGAGGGGACGAGACACUCAGGACCCUCACUCGUGCCAUCCUACAGGACCCUCACUCGUGCCAUCUACAGGACCCUCACUCGUGCCAUCCUACAGGACCCUCACUCGUGCCAUCCUACAGGACCCUCACUCGUGCCAUCCUACAGGACCCUCACUCGUGCCAUCCUACAGGACCCUCCUCGUGCCAUACUACAGGACCCUCACUCGUGCCAUCCUACAGGACCCUCACUCGUGCCAUCUACAGGACCCUCACUCGUGCCAUCCUACAGGACCCUCACUCGCGCCAUCCUACAGGACCCUCACUCGUGCCAUCCUACAGGACCCUCACUCAUCCUACAGGACCUCACUCGUGCCAUACAGGACCCUCACUCGUGCCAUCCUACAGGGACCCUCACUCGUGCCAUCUACAGGACCCUCACUCGUGCCAUCCCUACAGGACCCUCACUCGCGCCAUCUAGGACCCUCACUCGCGCCAUCCCUACAGGACCCUCACUCGUGCCAUCCUACAGGACCCUCACUCGUGCCACCCUACAGGACCCUCACUCGCGCCAUCCUACAGGACCUCAUCGUGCCAUCCUACAGGACCCUCACUCGUGCCAUCCUACAGGACCCUCACUCGCGCCAUCCUACAGGACCCUCACUCGUGCCAUCCUACAGGACCCUCACUCGCGCCAUCCUAGGACCCUCACUCGUGCCAUCCUACAGGACCCUCACUGCGCCUACAGGACCCUCACUCGUGCCAUCCUACAGGACCUCACUCGUGCCAUCCUGGGACCCUCACUCGUGCCAUCCUACAGGACCCUCACUCGCGCCAUCCUGGGACCCUCACUCGUGCCAUCCUACAGGACCCUCACUCGCGCCAUCCUACAGGACCCUCACUCGCGCCAUCCUACAGGACCCUCACUCGUGCCAUCCUACAGGACCCUCACUCGCGCCAUCCUACAGGACCCUCCUCGUGCCAUACAGGACCCUCACUCGUGCCAUCCUACAGGACCCUCACUCGCGCCAUCCUGGGACCCUCACUCGUGCCAUCCUGCAGGACCCUCACUCGCGCCAUCCUACAGGACCCUCCUCGCGCCAUCCACAGGACCCUCACUCGCGCCAUCCCUGGGACCCUCACUCGUUGCCAUCCUACAGGACCCUCACUCGCGUCUACAGGACCCUCACUCGCGCCAUCCUACAGGAUCACUCGCGCCAUCCUGGGACCCUCACUCGUGCCAUCCUGGGACCCUCCUCGUGCCAUCCUACAGGACCCUCACUCGCGCCAUCCUACAGGACCCUCACUCGCGCCAUCCUACAGGACCCUCACUCGCGCAUCCUACAGGACCCUCACUCGUGCCAUCCUACAGGACCUUCACUCGUGCCAUCUACAGGACCCUCCUCGUGCCAUCCUACAGGACCCUCACUCGCGCCAUCCUGCAGGACCCUCACUCGUGCCAUCCUACAGGACCUUCACUCGUGCCAUCCUGGGACCUUCACUCGUGCCAUACUACAGGACCCUCACUCGUGCCAUCCUACAGGACCCUCACUCGCCAUCACAGGACCCUCACUCGUGCCAUCCUACAGGACCCUCACUCAUUGCCAUCCUACAGGACCUUCACUCCCCUAUAA